UAAACAAUUAUUGACUUAAAAAAACAAAACAAACAAACAGUUUAUGAAAUAAUUGACAAAACAUUUAAACAGUUUUUUUGGUCCAAAAUUUUUUUUUGUGAACUGUUUUCAUGUUUUAAACAAUAACAACAUAUCUAAUAGCCAUUGGUUCACAAUUGGUCGCCGCCUAUCACCAAAUGUCCGCCGAAACGGUCAAUAACAACAACCCGACCGUUGUCUCCGCCGAUGAACAGAUAGUUAUGGAUGACUGGUCGCCGUUUAGCAAUUGGGGAGACGAAGAUAACGACGAUUCGGCGGCGAUGGACAGCAGCGGUGAACUAUUGCCUAUCAGUGUCCACAAAUCGUCGGCCUCCCAGCCAUCAUCAUCGGUGACGACCACUGGACAACUGGAUGCCAACAACGGUAACAGUAGUGCAACAAAUGAUGGCAAUAAUUGUGUGUCAGCUGAAACACCGGUAGAUAAUAUCAACAACAAUAUCAAUGUUUCGAUGUCAAUACCGGACACCACUAUAACUGAAGACGUUUCAAACGAGAUAAUAGACAUGGAGUUGGACACGGAUUUUGAUGACGACGAUAACGGUGUUACCGAUGAUCUAGAAGAGGGCGAAAUUGUCGAUGAAGAUGGACUUAGCGAUUGGGAUUUAGUGUCCAAUGAUAUAAAGGACAGUUCCAACAAAACAACAACAACACUGACCACUGUUAGUAAUAACGGGAAUAAGAUCUGCAAAGUUGAGACGUGUAGCAAACUUUUCACUGAUGCCACGGCAUUACUUCGCCAUUAUCUAUACGUCCACUUCAUAUGUCAGGACUGUUUGGCUACGUACGAGUCGUUUACCGAUGUGGCCGGUCAUCGGAUAACUGUCCACAAGGAUAACGAGAUUGGCGAACACAAGUGCGCCGAAUGUCGCAAGUAUUUUAUCGAUGACAAUCAUUAUGCCAGACAUCAACGUUUGCUGCAUCCCGGAGCUCAAAAUAGCAAACAUAGUUCAACUCCUACUCAAGUUUCGGCUGAACCUAUUGUUAGUAGUAGUAAUAAUAGUAAAAUUCACGGUACUAAUAAUGGACAACAUAAAUGCGAUUUGUGUGACAAACUGUUUGUCGAUGAUUUGGCCCUAAAUGAUCAUAAAGAAACUUACCACCAUUUGUUAGGUUUAGAACUGAGCGAUUGGGAACAGGAGUCUGAUGAACACAGGUCGACAAACACUAGUAAGACAAAUAGGACACAAUCGACUGAAUCAAUUGAAGGGAAUAGGGCUAUAAUCGACAACAAGAAAACUCUUAUUAAUAAGACAACGAUGUCUUACCCGUGCGAUAACCAUAAGUGCAACAAAAGUUUUGCCAAACAAACCGAACUCUACGAACACAAACGUACUGAUCAUCUAAUUUGUACCGAUUGUGACAAACAGUUUUCAAAUAUUGUCGUAUUGAUGACUCACCGGAGAUCUGUCCAUAAGGUGCCAUACGCUCAUAAGUGCAACCAUGAUAAGUGUGCUAAAGAUUUCUACAGUUUAAGUCAAUUGCAACGACAUUUGAUUAAUGUACACUCUUUUGUCGGUAACUGUACCGCUACUACUACUACUACUACUAGUAGUAAUAGUAGUAGUAAUGAUAAUAAUAAUAUAAAUAAGAGAAAAACCGUCUAUUGUUGUAAAAAAUGUGAUCAACAGUUCAAUAGUGAGGAACAGUUAGAUAAACAUCAUACGGAUGUUCAUCAAUAUAAAUGCGAAAAGUGUAGUAAAUUGUACGACAAUUUGGAACAGUUAGAUAAACAUAAAUAUGAUGUUCACAGUUAUAAAUGUAAUAAAUUUGACCAAAUUUACGAUAACGAGGAAACUCUUAUUAAUAAGACAACGAUGUCUUACCCGUGCGAUAACCAUAAGUGCAACAAAAGUUUUGCCAAACAAACGGAACUCUACGAACACAAACGUACUGAUCAUCUAAUUUGUACCGAUUGUGACAAACAGUUUUCAAAUAUUAUCGUAUUGAUGACUCACCGUAGGUCUGUCCAUAAGGUGCCAUACGCUCAUAUGUGCAAACAUGAUAAGUGUGGUAAAGAUUUCUACAGUUUAAGUCAAUUGCAACGACAUUUGAUUAAUGUACACUCUUUUGUCAGUAGCUGUACCGCUAGUACUAGUAGUAGUAGUAAUGAUAAUAAUAAUAUAAAUAAGAAAAAAGCCGUCUAUUGUUGUAAAAAAUGUGAUCAACAGUUCAAUAGUGAGGAACAGUUAGAUAAACAUCAUACGGAUGUUCAUCAAUAUAAAUGCGAAAAGUGUAGUAAAUUGUACGACAAUUUAGAACAGUUAGAUAAACAUAAAUAUGAUGUUCACAGUUAUAAAUGUAAUAAAUGUGACCAAAUUUACGAUAACGAGGAACUAUUGGAUAGACAUCGACGGAUAACCCACAGCCAUCAGUGCGAUAAAUGUGACGGCAUUUAUGAUGAUGAGGAACAGCUAUUACAACACAAACUCGAUGUUCAUAGCUUUAAGUGUGACAAAUGUGACCACAAUUGUGACAGUAGGGAACAGUUAGAUCGUCACAUAUAUGUUUAUCAUAAUUACCGAUGCGAUAAAUGUGACGACGUUUACGACAGUGUCGAUCAAUUGGAUAAACACAAACAUGAUGUUCAUUAUUACAAGUGCGACAAAUGUGAUCAAAUUUAUGAUAAUGAAGAACUAUUGGACAGACAUCGCCGGAUAAUCCAUAACUGCAAGUGUGACAAAUGUGGUCACGUGUGCGAUAGUGAAGAACAGUUGCAUAAACACCGGCGCGACUAUCACUACUAUAAGUGUGACAAAUGUCAUAAAUACUACUAUAUUGCGGAACAGUUGGCCGAACAUAAACUGCAAGUCCACAGUCAUAAGUGUGACAAAUGUCAUAAAUUGUUUGCAACUGUGGAACAGUUAGAUAAACAUAUACAAGAUGUUCAUUGGUUUAAGUGCGACAAAUGUAAUCAAAUGUACAUAAGUAAGGAACAGUUAGAUAAUCAUAGACGUGAUGUCCACUGGUAUAAGUGUGACAAAUGUAAUAAUUUGUUUGCAAGUGAGGAAUUGGUACAUAAACAUAGACGUGAUGUUCACUGGCAUAAGUGUGACAAAUGUUACCAAUUGUUUGCAACUGAGGAACAGUUAGUCAAUCAUAGACGUGAUGUCCACUGGUUUAAGUGCGACAAAUGUGAUAAUAAGUACGAUAUGGAGGAACAACUGAUUAGACAUAAAAAUGAUAAACACUUAAUGUACAAUAAUAAUAGUGAUUAUAAUGCCAGCAAUGGUAUAAAUUUGAAUUGUAAUGGUGUUAAACGGCGCAAAAUGUUUAAAUGUGAUUACUCUAAGUGUAACAAACUGUUUACCAAUGAUGACGAUUUAGAUACACAUCAAUGGACUCAUUAUAAAAAACAGAUUACUUAUGAAGAAAUGGUCGACGAAUACAUUAAUAAAAAUAAUUUUUAA